AUGGAAAUCUCCUUUCCUGUUAUGAUGGAGUCUGAUCGGUCGAACCGUGGUGACCUCGGCGGGCCGCAGAUGGUCAUCCAACAAUAUGCGCGAUAUCCCCCGGCCAUGGAAUCAACGCUGCAGAGUGCUUCAUCUUUAGGGAGUGCGCGGAGUCAAUUGGAUAUUAACAAAUCGCCUCCUUUGCAACGAAGAGAAACUCCAAGAAGUCUACAAGCUUCCCCCAGAGGGAUGCGCUCCGUUAUACCAUCAUCAGCUAAUCGCGCUGGGCCAUCUAUGUCACCGCCCCUAUUUGACCCCCAGCGCCAUCAACCAAUGAAAGAUACGGCUGAUAAUGCAGAUUCUCGUGUUCUCCCAUCUCGGGAUAUUACCGAGGAUACUAUUGAUGACGCCUAUGUGGCAUUCAUUCUGUACUGCAAUCCCAAUGUUCCAUCUUCGGUGGAUACAGCAGAGCUGCGAAAGACGUUUCGAUGUCUCCCACGAAGCGAUGGCAAAAGCUUUAAUAUUUUCACAUUGUUUGGUCUCAUACGAAAACGGCUACAGAACGAAGAGUUGAAGACCUGGAUUCAGCUAGCAAUUGAGCUGGGUGUAGAACCGCCCUGCAUGGAGAAGAAACAAAGCACCCAAAAGGUGCAACAAUACACUGUCAGGCUCAAGCGUUGGAUGCGUGCCAUGCACAUUGAUGCGUUCUUUGAGUAUUGCCUUGGUUUGCCACAUCUUUACUACACGCAACUUCCACCAUCCGGUCCUUUCGUUGGCGAACCCCGCGAUGGUGUAGCAUUGGAAGAGGAUCUCGCUCUUCGAGCACUUGUUCCUCAAUGGAAGCCCAAGCGCGGACGAAAAAGAGUUGAAGACAGAGAUGACGAAGACAAAACAACGAAGCGACCUCAGUUAGACACAUCAGUGGGUGCCCUUCACCAGGGUAGCUUUCAAUCCCACUCAGUGACAUUUCCCCAAAGUGCUAUUCCGUUCAGUGCGUUUCCCGACGAUAUGGAAGCACACGACCCCUGGAUGACAGCCACAUCAUCCUUCCCUAAUGGCAAUGGCCAGGAUCCGCAUGGCCAAGAUCUGCGCUGGCGAUUGCCCGAGCGAGAUGCGUCUCCGGCUAAUUAUCCCCAAUCUGCCAUCAUUCCUCGAAGCCAUAUUCCAUCAGACGUGCUGAUGUCUGCCGAACCACGGUCAGCCGUUACUCCUUCGACUGGGGAGAAAUCCCGCGCCAGGAGGCGGCAUGGUCCCGCAGUCUCCUCCGCUUGGCCAAACAGUCACGGGCUCUCCGCAGGAAAGGGUCGAGGGAGACCGCCCAACAAAGGGUCGUCAUCGGGAUCUUUCUCAACUUUCCAAGUAAAUCCCAGCCGGGAGUCGUCACAGGCGCCCAAUACCGACACUCAAUCCACCCCGCUUGUACUUGACACAAAUCCUCCGCAGCCUUUUCCGACUCCAUCCUACAAUCAAACUCCCACCCCUGUUACACACGGAAGACCCAACAAACUCCAACUACAGGUCCCUCAACACUCUGGGGCACCGGUCAGACUUGCUACGCCUCCAAGGUUAGUCGUCAAUGGUGUCAAUGGUGCAGUCAUCUCGGGCGCUGAGGGACCGAAUGGCAUUCGUCAUCAUGGUGCCACCGACACCGAAAAUAUCGGUGUCAUGUCUUCCAAGCCUUCAGAAAAUGCUUCCAAUCCUCCAAAUCCUUCCAUCGACGACAUCGUCCGCGCACUCUCCGAAGAGCUUCUCCGAGCUAGACUAGUAGGACACCCAAGCACCAUGCAUUCCGACGAGGCAUCCGCCCUAGCCUCAGCGAUUGUCAUCAACAUAUCCUCCAUAUACUCACAAUUCCAACUUGGCACCCCCUCCCUCCUUUUGGCCUUUCACCUUGGUAUUGGACACCAUUUUGGAUUCUCAGGUACCCAACCCGGAUCCUUGAUUAUAAAAGUGGAACGUGCCGCAAACCCAGAUGGGAGCCGAGCGCCCCUCUCCAACGGACAUCUUGCUGGUUCCCAAUAUACAAUCUCCCACGAGUAUAAAACCUCGAAUCGGUUUUCAAUGCAAAUCACACUUGCAAAUGUCAACCCUGGUAUAGCAGGAGCAGGAAUCGCAGCUCACUCGAGUGUAGGCGAAGCCUCGAGUCAUGCCAACCGCAACGCCCAUGCAGUGGAUCUUGAUCUUGACAGCGACGAGUUCGGUGAGCCUGCUAACGAGGCUACGUGGAAACAACGUUAUAUUCGACUUCGGGCUCAGAUGCAGAGAAGGGACCAGUCCUUGUCGCAAUACAAGCGAAAGAUUGUAGAAUCUGUCAUGGCUGAUAUAUGA